AUGGAUAGCUUGCUUGGCUUGUAUUCGCGCAUGAAAAAUAAUGAUGCGAAGAAAGAGCUCCCAGAAGCGGGGCGAUGCUGCAAGAAUUGCACCGUUAAAGCAAAAGAUUCAGGACUGAAGACUCAGGAAGAUUCAGGACUGAAGAUUCAGAAGGAUUCAGGACAGAAGCUCGGGAAUGCUUCGGCACAUAUUUCGAUAGAGCCACAUUCAUGCGGACCGCACUGUUUGGAUAACUUCUAUGAAGCAGCAGAGGAAUGCUUCGGCAAAUAUUUCGAUGGAGUAGAACUCAUGCUCACGAAACAGAUCAUCCCGGGUCUACAAAUCACGAGCAGAAUGUGGCCUGCACUCGACAAAACUCAUUUUCCCGCACUGAUCGGCGCCUACAACUUCACGAAAGCGACUCGUCUCGGCCAGUACGAACUGAAUUUAUCUACCGAAUCUUUGGUUGCACCGUUCUGGCCGUCAUUUCGAAUAGUACAGAACCUGGACUCUCGCUGGUAUGCAGCUAUUUCAAGUCGCAAUAUUGGGCAACUAGCAAACAAUGAGGCGGAGAUGGAAUAUCAUGGAAGUGUUGCGAUGACGAAGCUCAAAUUAACUUUCCUGGGAGCAACAAAGGCAUUGCGUGCAGGGUUUUCAGUGCAGCCAGUGAAGCAGCUAACAUUGGGCGUGCAAGGAGAGUACAGAUGGGUUGGCGAUGCUACGGAUACAGACAAUCACGAUAAUCCAAGUCCGCCACAGAUUGGCGUGCCUAGACCUGCUUUCAAAGUCUGCGCACGAUAUGCGGAAUCCGACUAUGCAAUUUGCGCCGAUAUCAGCCAAGAAAAUGGUGCCGGUCUUACUGGCCUUCUGAGGAAUGACUGGAGAUCUUGGACAGUACGUCUUGAAGAACGUGGUGACUUCUCGCUUGCUGAGCCGACGAUAAAUUUCUUUCCGCUUAAGAGGAGGUGGUUUGGCUCGAAACGUAUUGACGUGUGA